CAAAUUUGUUACUGAUUCAUUUGAUACAUGUGGUUAAUAGUUAAUACUAUUGGUUCUAUGUAGAUAUUUUUCUUGUAUAAGUGAUAAAUAAACACUCCCCCCCCUUCAAAAAAAAGCAACAACAAACAUGGAAUUUAAACGGAAUACUAUUCGACAACCUGGUUACUUUACACCGACUUAUUCAAAUUCGCCUAAUGUGAAACGGCAUCAAGAUUUAUUGAAUAAUUAUCAAUCAGAAUCGUAUGGAUUAAAUUAUUUAACACAAUUACAUAUGGCUCAUAAUUUCCCUACAUAUCACCAUAGAAAUAUUAUCAAUGCUAUAGAUAUGGGACAUAAUAAUUAUGAUAAUAAUGAUAAUAAUCAUAAUAAUUUAAAUAUAAAUCCAUCAAGUCAUAAUAAUCGUGUACGAAUUAAUCAUACACUUGAUGGUAAAACACAAAUUAUCUAUGAAACACCAAGUAGAACACGUCAAUAUUGGUUAGAUCGAUGUAAAUUAUCAAAUACCAAUUAUAUCGAUAAUAAUAAUAAUAAUAUUGAUAAUACAAUGAAUUCUAACAAAAUUAUACCAAUUAAACCAAAUAAUUCAAUAUAUAAUACUCAUUUACAAUUAGCUAGUAGUAAAACAUCAACAAUAAUCAAUAGAAAUUAUUCACCUAUUCAAAAUAAAUACAAAUUCAACACAUUGAAAUUUCAUAAUUCAUCAUUAGAUAAAGAAUCACAAUUAAAUACUACUAAUAUGUAUUUAUAUGAAUUAACUGAUAAUGAAUUAAUUUUAUCUAAAUUAGAUCCACGUG